AUGGUACGCGGGAAAAACGCAACAAGUAAAGGCGGGCAUACCAGUACGCCGUAUAAUACGAGAAGCAAGCAGGUAUAUCAGGGCCUCCUGGACAGGUGGGUGAACAGCCAACAAAAAGAGGUGGCAGCGAGAAAAAUAAAUAGCGAAGCGGAUAAAAACCAGGUAAAUAAAAAAUUAGUCAUGGAUGAAAGAGCUGGUGGGGAUGACGAAACCGCAAAGGGGGCAGCAAAACAUGGAGGGGAUGAAAAGCAGAGGGAAAAUCACAGCACGGUGGUGAGUACCGAGGAACGUGACACAAAUGUAAACGAAAAGAAAAAUGAUAACAGUGACCUGAGUGAUGAUGAAAGUGAGAGUGGGGAUGAAAGGACAAUAAUUAACGCAGAAGAGUUGGGGAAUGAUGAGAAUUUAAACGCAGAGACAGAGAGUGUUGACGAGGUUGAGAAAGAAAAAAGUGAUGGGAACAGCGUAAAGAACGAUGGCUACAAGGAGGACAAAAUUAAUAAUAAAAAUAAAAAUAACAACAAGGAAACCCAAAGGGAGGCGGAAGGCAAUGAAGGGCCGAUACCAUGGGUGGAAUUGGUAGAAAUGAUGAGUGACAUGGUAAGAGAAAGGCUGGAUGAAAGAGAAGAGGAAAAAGAAAGAGAGAGGUAUCUAAAAAUUGAAAACACGAUGUGGCAGUUAGCAAAAAAAAUAGAAAAGAAAGUCGAAAACAGACUGGAGCAAAUGUCGGGAAAUACGCGUGAAAAACAAGUCUGUGAAAAAUGUGGGACCAGAAGAGAUGAAGAAAAUGCGAUGAGACUGGAACGGGACAGGUUGAUAAGAAGAUGGGAGGAAGAGAGAAGCAGAUUAAUAAAAAGAUGUGAAAGAGCAGAGGAGAGAGUGAGAAGUAUGGAAAAAAAACAGAGAGAUGAGCAAGCAAGGGGGACGAAUGAUGGACUAAGUUAUAAAGCAUGGGAAUAUGAAAUGCCAGGGGUAGUGGAGGAGAUGAGCCGGGUUGGAUGGGAAUGGAAAGAGAUGGAGAAGCAAAGACUCGCGUCAAAUCAAAGGAAUACGUGCGAAAGCUGGUUGAGAGGAGAUACAAUACAUAGAAUGCAAUUGGAGAAAGCAAAUGUAGAAAAUGCAGCAAGGGAGAAAGAGAAGGGAUGGAGCAACAGGGACAAGGAAUACAAGGAGGUCGAGAAGAGAGCAGAACAGCCAAGGGCUGUGCCGAGAAAACUAAAUGAUGCGGAGUAUGAAAUUGAAAGAGCAAAGAGAGAAGAAAGGAAAUUAAACUUGUUUAUUAGGCAUAGCCUGGCAAGCAAUUUGGAAGCGGUUAAGAUAAUACAAACAAAAACCGGAUUGAAUAUCGAUAAGAUGGAGAAAAGAUAUAUAGGAGAAAGAACAAUAAAAGUGAAAUUUGGAAAGAUGAGUGAAAAAAUCUCGUUCCUGAAAAACAGAUGGGAACUAAGAGAAAAAUACAUCUUCCUGGACAACGAUGAGACAGAGAGAGAAAUAGAAAUAAUAAAAUGGAUGAGGCAGCUAGAAAACGAGGAGAGAAGGAAAGGUACAAACACAAAAAGAGGGUACAUGAAAAUUUGUAUAAAUGGAGUAUGGUGGUACUGGGACGAGAAAGAAGGACUAAGCAGGGUGAAACCGCCAGCUCUAUGA